CUGCCUUACAGACAUUAGUGAACCAAAACUCUCGCCGCCUCUCAACAACUUUCGAAGCCAUCGCUCCACUCUCGAGACAUUCAUUGGCCGCAUCAUGGUCGUAGCUAAUCAGUUGGACCGCCAUGGUCCCGCGGUAUACAUCUGCACCUGGAUUUCUUUCUCAACCUGCGUGAUCCUAUUCAACAAGUACAUUUUUACAUCUCUGGAUUUCAAGUUUCCUAUUUUCCUUACUUUCUGGCAUCUAGUGUUUGCCAGUAUUGCCACAAGAUGUCUUCGCAAAUGGACACAUCUAUUAGACGAUGUAGACGAAAUCCAAAUGACCCCUUCCCUCUAUUGUCGAGGGAUCGUCCCCAUCGCAGUAGUAUUCUGUGCCGCUCUCGUUACCUCAAAUUACGCGUAUCUCUACAUCUCGGUUGCUUUCAUUCAAAUGCUCAAGUCACUCACGCCGGUGAUGGUUUUGGCUCUCGACUGGUCCAUGAAUGGCAACACAGUCGAUAGGAAAACCUUACUCUAUGUGUUUAUCAUCAUGGCUGGAACCGUCAUCGCUUCCUAUGGCGAGUUGGAAUUUGUCCUUUUGGGUGUCAUACUACAACUCACGGCGGUCGCCGCCGAAGCAUUGCGGUUGUUGUUAGUGGAAAAAUUGCUCAAUACCGCUAUGAAAAAGAAAAUGAAUCCGCUGUCCAGCUUGUAUUACUUUGCUCCGAUAUGCGCUCUACUGAACGGCAUCGCAUGUUAUUUCUAUGAAGGGUCUUCAUUGACGAUGGUAGCAAUCCACAAUGUUGGACUGCAUAUAUUGUUUCUCAACGGACUUGCGGCAUUUGGGCUCAACGUGGCGGUCGUAUUUUUGAUUGGCAACGCUUCGGCUCUUAUCCUUUGCGUAUCGGGGGUUGUGAAGGACGUCAUCAUCGUCCUCUUAUCCACCUUUCUGUGGAGCAAAACUUUAACAGCGAUUGAGAUUUCCGGAUACUCCUUCGCCCUCCUGGGCGUUCUCCUGUUCAAGUCCAGGACUAUGGCGCCUGAGAGGACAGUGCGCGAGUGGGGCCAAAAAGCGAAGGAGAUGCUUGCAAGUUGGCGAGGACUGGAAAUGGAGGAAAAACAUUUGAUGGACGUUAGGGUUUAGGACCGGUUCAACUGCCAGAGGAUGGGAAUUCAUGUAUGAAGAGUUGAUACCCAUGAGUACAUUGUGUAGGUUCGACCUCAUCGCGCAAAUAAACACCUAUAAAUGAAAUUACCAUGAAAACUAGACGUGGUGGCAUUUAUUUGUAACAGCACGGUG